AUUUUGCCACGAAUUCAUGUUGCUGGGACCGCUUGUCAAAACGGAAUAGAAUUUUUUUGGCCUUUCGUUGCCAUCCAUAAGAUGCCAUGUCCAGUAAGUUUUCUAAGCCAAAUUUGCACACGACAGAAAUCGGAAUAUCUCUGAGGAACAAAGUCAGAAGAAUGCCUGUGGAUAAAAGGUCUAAGGUUUGCGUGUUUUCUGGUUUGUUGCUGACUGCAUUGUUUUAUGUAGUUUAUUCACUGCAUAUAAACAACUUCAGAGGCGUUGAUAAAGGCAUUGCGUCGAAAACUACACUGGAUAAUCAACUUCCGACGAAAAUAGAGCGAUCUUGUCCUAUAACAAAACCUAAAAAAACAAAAGAAGGCGCUCUAUCGUAUCGUAUUGGUAUAAUUUCUGACUUAGAUGAAAACUCAAAACACCCUAGUGAAUUAUCGACAUGGGUAAGUUACUUCAAACGUGGCAAAUUAAUAUUAAAUGGUGCAUCGAAUCCUGCCAACAAUAAAGUCAGUGUGGAAUGGGAGGAUGAAAAUGUGGUGCUGACCUCCCAUUUGGCGCAAGGUGGCCGUGGCAUGGAGCUGUCCGAACUUUGUUGUUUUGAUGGUAGGAUUUUUAGCAUGGAUGACCGUACAGGUGUGGUGUACCAAAUUUUUGACAGACAUGUGUCACCAUGGGUCAUUAUGUCAGACGGUGAUGGCCGUGAAACAAAGGGCUUCAAGGGAGAAUGGGCGACUGUCAAAGAUGGUCAACUUUAUAUCGGUGGCCUGGGCAAAGAAUGGACAACGAAAACUGGCGAAAUUUUAAAUUUCAACCCACAGUAUGUGAAAAUUAUUGGUCCAAGUGGUGCAAUGACGCAUGUUAGUUGGGUUGACAAUUAUACAAAGUUAUUAAAAGCAGCCGGCAUCAAACCACCUGGAUACCUAAUCCAUGAGUCUGCCAUGUGGAGUAGGGUGAAUAAAAAAUGGUUUUUCCUACCGCGCCGAGCAAGCAAGCUUAAAUACGAUGAUAAAGAGGAUGAACGCCGAGGAACCAACAUGAUUCUCUCGUGCACUGCUGAUUUUGGUGACUGUGAAAGAACAUUUGUUGGCCCGCUUAAUGUCACUCACGGUUUCUCCUCGUUUAAGUUCAUUCCCGGUACUAACGAGCAGCAAAUGGUAGCAUUGAAGACGCAAGAAGUGGAUGGAAAGAUUGCAACAUACAUUAUGGCAUUUGAUCUGCAUGGGAGAAUAUUGAUGACAGAAAAGAAAAUCCCUGGUAGCUAUAAGUUUGAAGGAAUUGAAUUUUUAUAAUCAUAAUUAACAUCAUAGUUAGCAAUUUACUUUUAGUGAACAUACAAUUCCCAGUCAUUGAACCUAAACCUUGGAUAAAAUUGAACCACAAGGUUCAUACAGGAAAAUUUUUUUUAAAAAUGUAUUUUUCAAACAAAAGAGAACUUGCUGUAGAAAAUUUCCCUUGUGAAAAGGAAACGCCAAGUAUUCUGUGCAAUGGCGUGAGGUGGAAUAUGGUCUAGGAAUUUUUCAAAGUGUGCCUGGCAUUGCUGAUAAAAGUCGUAAGAUAGCGUUUGAUGAUACAUGACAGUUAUGCCUUUAACAUUCAAUUGAACAUAAAUUGGUAAAUGAGCACCAUACAAUAUGAAGCUGUACAUAUUUUCAUGAUAAUUUACAAAAUAUUAAUGUUCACAGAUGUUGAGAUAGUUUGACCUCAUCAAUGCUAAUUCCGUUCUUAAUCUUGACAAAAAAUGGCAAUUCAAACUAAGCAGAAAAUGCGAUUCUUGUCAAUGCCAUUUCUGUUCUAAGCAGAGCCUAAGUAAUCCACCAUUAAAUUGAUGAUUAAUUAACACUGAAUGUUGGGAAGAAAGACUUAAGUUAAGAGGAAUUUUUA